CUACUUGUCUGCGCCAUAAUCUACCUGUGGCUUCAGUGCAGGGGCAGAGGGAUAGGAGGGCGGGAGGAAGCUCAAGCCAUCGAUCAGCGCCCCCCUCUCAUUCGCCGUCUGCCUCUCCCUCUCUGUCUCGUCACCAGCGUUGUUCGCCAUGCUGGCCGUGUUGGUCUGCCCACUGCUGUAUAGCAGCCCCAACUGUGUGUGUGUGGCGCUCGGCCGCUCGUCCUGCAUCAACGUGGAAGGCCGGUGGGAGGAGGGGGAGGGGUGGUAGAGAGACAGGGGCGGCUGGGGCGGCAGCGAUCGGUCGACGGCUGGCUGCUGGGCCCCUCCUAAGUGCGAGGCGGUGCUCAGUUUCUUGGAUUGCCUGUGGUGCAUCGUGCCUUGGUGGCCGCCGGUAGCUGUGCUUGCCGAUUUUGGUGGUCUGGCGGUGUUGUAUGCGUAUCUGUAUGCACGCCUCGGGCGGCCGGAUGGGUCGACGCUGCUGUUGCUGUAGUUGCUGCCAUUGGACUCAGCGUCGUUGCCCUGGCUCGGCGUUGCCCCUGUGGGUAUAGACGUGGUGUAGUUGUUGUACCUACGCAUGACGGAGACAUGGACAAAUAAGGCAGUCUGUGCACUUCUCGCAGACACGCUUCCUCACUGGUUGACUCUCAGAUUCCAAAAGGAUGUUUUCGAGGAUUUGCUCGAUGGUAUGGGGUCACCGCGGUCGAUUAGCACUGACAUAAGGGCCGUCCAGAACCCGCCUGUGCCGGGCAUGCGCUGCAGAGACAUGUGAACAGCAGGGUGAGUGUACUGCUCUGCUGGUCGGUGUGUGUGCAUGUGUGGUGGAGUCGACUUACGCGGAUGGCCACAAGGAUGAUCGAGAAAAAGAUAAACAGAAGGAUCCCAAUGACCUCCACAACUGAAUGAAUGAAUGACCAGCCAGCCAGCGUGUGUCCUCAUGUUGUCAUGUCUCCUUAUCUUCCUCUCACGCCUACAUAGGAAGAUGUUGUUGGUGCUGGAGAAUCUGUCCUCGUCCUGGUCGAUAUGGAGGGCCACGAGCGUCAGGAUGUGCAGGUAAAAUAUCGACAGCCACCGAUCCAGGUACACAUCCUUCUUCCGACGCCACGGGUCAUUGAAUUGCUGCACGUCCACACAAACGAAUGUCCUCGUUCCAUGCGUGGACACGUGGGGUGUGCUCGUGUGUCUGUCGGUGUGUGCGUUCGAACCAGCAGGACGAGGUAUGCGACGAUGAUGCAUGUGAUCCACUGCAGCUGGUACAUGCCCUGCUUGGGCAGCACUGUGGUGGAGAGGGCGAUGAGCAGGUUGCGCGUGAUCCACACCACAGCCCACCACACCUUCCCGCUCGCGUACUUGUCCAUCAACGCACCAUAGAAACUCACAAACCCUGCACGAUUCAACGGGCGAAGGAACGGACACAUUCACGGUGGGUGCAUCUUGGUAAGGGUAGAUAGAUCACCUAUACCCCUACCUCUGUCGCACCAUCUGUAGUGGAGGAGUAUUGCGAAUCUGACGACGACCACAUAUGUGCCUGCGACGUAGAUGAGUAUGGCCAGUGCAGUCAUCCACAGGAAGGCACGCCACCGGUCGGCGGACUCGCUGGCGCCGCCACAUAGAAUGUAGGGAUACUCGAGCACACUCCACUCGCCAGUAGGGUGCUGCAGAAGAUAGAUGUCACCCACGCACCGGCCCACUUUACAGACAGGUGCUCAUGGGUGUGCGUUGCUCGUUGCUCACCUUGUAGCAGUCGAUGGCCACGAACGUCAUUCGACAGAAGGCGAUGAAGAAGGUCGUAAACACAGUGAGAAUCGUCGCAUACACCUGGGAGGCAGGAAGAUAGGCAGAUAGGCAACAGAGACACCGGAAUACAUACGCAGAAAAGCCUUCGUUGGUCUGCCUCUCGCACAUACUGUGGAUAGCGGCAGGGGUCUGAGAGUGAGGCUAAAGAGCCGGGUCGAGAUGAUGAUGCUCCGGAGGGGCUUCAGCUCCACAUUCGGCGCGGGUCUUGGCGCCAGCAUCUUCUUGGCGGUCUCGGCAAGGUUGUGCAGGCUGUGCUGUAUCUUGAGCACGGCUUGGUGGGGCAGUCUGCCGAUUGACGACAUCACCGGAAAGGACAUGAAUGCGAGCUGCUUGACCUUCUGCUUGCUCGUGCCCUCUGCUAUCGUCUCCCUGUUAUCCUGGUCGCCGCACGACUCGGCCGAUGGAGGCCCUGGUCCCUCCUCAUCACAAAACCCCGCCUUGUGUUCCUCGUCCCUCUCCUCUUGCCGCCUGCCUGAUGCGUCUCCCUCUUCUGCUUCUUGGUCGGUUGCAGAGGCAAUGUGGAGAGCUGUUUCAGGCUGAGAGGGGGGCCCGCCGCUCAUUUUCCUCUGGCUGGCGGCGAAUCGUGGGCUGACCAUGGCCUUGUUUCCUCCGACCGACCGGGGCGUGAAGAGGUCACUGUAGGUGUUGUUGGUGUUCGUGUUGGUGUUGGUGGGGUUGAAGUUGGUGGUCGUCUUGGUGCCGGUGGCAGCGUGGCUGGGGAAGGACUGCAACGCCUCAAACGCAUCGGUGUAGUUACUGGAAGAGGACGAGGGCAGGGGGAGGGGAGGGGGCGGGGGCGACGCCGACGAAGCGGCGGCCUCAGGUUCUUCAUCUGGGCUGAGGCAUGAGGGCGAUGGAGCGCGGAUCGUCUUGAUUCCAAAAAGGCGAAAUUGGGUCGAAGCGAAGACUACGCCGGUGCUCUCAUUCUGGUGGUGGAAGUACUUGGCAGGAAUCGACGAUCCCGACUUGGCAACGGUGCGCGGGGGCAGAGACAGAGAGGGCACCGCAGGGCCAGGCAUACUACCAGUUUGGGCGUUUGCGAGAGCCCCGUCACUCGCCGCUCCCUCCACUCUCAUGUUGUUGCCUCCUCGUCUGUUGCCGUCUUCUGAGGGGUCGGGUGACUCCCUGAGGUCGUCAGCUUCAUCGUUUUCGUCUUCACUGUCGCUCAACUCCUCGUUGUCAGCGGAAGACGACUCAAUGGCCGGAAGCGGGCGGUCGCCGAACAGCUGUCCUUGUUCCUCUCGUGUCUUCCUGUCAAUGAACUCCUCCAGAAGCUGAGCGAUCGGUGGAAUCAACUGAGACAGGCAGAGACACACGAACAAACAGGGCGGUGUGUGUGUGUGUGUAAGUGUAAGUGGGCGUCCAUCAAUUCUUGCUGACUUGGGAAACGCCGAAGAGGGUCAGCACGGUAAGUACGAAGACCACGGGCAGGAAUAAAGCGAAGUACUGCUGCUCCUCGAAUGCGUCGAGCCCGACGCAGUUGAGGCGGAAAGCGAUAGGGGUGAAGAGGAAGAUUUCGCACGCGCCAAAGAAUAUCUGGACGUUCUUGGGCAGCCGCAGGUUGAAAGAGUUGAUGACGGCAACCUCUUGCAGGAAAACAAAGAUGAGCAGUAAGCCGUUGCCCUUCUUGAAGCGCGGUGAAGUGGCCACCCACAUAAAGAAGAAUGUGAAGACCGGCAUGCUGAAUAUGACAAGGAAGGCCGGACCGGCGAGGUUCGUGGAGCCGCAGUCGAAGCAUUUGCCGCUGUGCCUGUAGGGCGCAAAAUGGCCUUGGCGGCACUUGCCACACACAAGGUCCUCCCGAUUGUCUUCGCAUGCAUUGGCUACACAAAGAGACACAGACAACAGCGAGACAAUACAUAAUUAAUAAUUAAUCGGGUUGAAGCCUUACACUGAUUUCCUGGGCAUGCUUCUCUGGGAAUGCACAUGUAAAGUUCGGCUUGCUGGAAAGGCUUGCUUCGGUCGAACUCGCGAGCCCACCACCCCGGCUCAAUCAAAGGGAAAUCAUCCCCUUCUGAAAGGCAAACACCGGACAACCACAUGACGAAUGGCAAAUUAAAUAUCCAAACGAACGGGCGCGUACGGUUGCAUAUCGUGCGUUUCUGGCAGGGUAGGCACACGUCCUUGACAAAAAGGCCCGUCUCUUCUUCUGCCGUUUGAUUGACAGACAUGGCGGUGCCGUCGGUGCCGUUCGCAGUGUCGCUGACGCUGACGUUGCUCACGGCUAUUGCCGGCCUUUUGUAGGUGCGAUAGAAGCCCGAAGAGCAGAUGCACGCCGUGAUGGACGAGGCACCGAUCAAAGAGGUGGUUUCGCCGGCAGGACAGCGCGUGCAUUCGGUGCUGCCGGGGAUGCUCGCGUACGCCCCGAAGUCGCAUUUUUGGCAGCUGGUCAGCGCGACGAACUCCGUUUCGUUGAUGGCGCUAAAGCUCCCCACCGGGCACUCGAUGCAUCCAUCGGGGCUGUCUCCUGGAUUGAAGGUGCCGUUUUGGCAGAACACACAGCCCUGCUGGCCCUCGAGCGGUUGUUCCAUGCCUACGAACAU